AUGUUUUCCUCGCGAGUCGUCGUCCGCUCAACUCGCGGCGUGCGUGCGAAUGCGCCAACAGUCCGCCGCUUCGCCAGAUCCGCUCCGCGAGCUCAGCAGACAUCAGGUCCUUCCAGCAGCAGCAGCAGCAGCGGCUCUUCACCCGCCAUCUCCGGAGCAGUAGGAGGAGCAGUCGCCUCGCUCGUCGUCUUCGCCGCCUGGUACCAGUUCAGUGGCGUCGGAAAGGCCGCUCGCUCAGCAAAGCAAGCCCAGUCCUACGUCAACAGUGCCGCCGAGAAAUUGAAAAUCGAAUUGAAAGAAAACACCCCCGAACCGAACGAAGCAAUCGAGACGCUUAAGCAAGCUGCGUACAAAUACGCCGCUUUCAUCCCAGGAGGUCGGGAGUGGGUUGAUAAGAUUUUCAAGGAUCUGGAGAUUGUGAGGAAGAACCAUUCGGGGGAGGUGGAUGAGAUUGUGAAGAAUGCGUAUGGGGAACUGAAGGAUACGACGAAGAAGGGGGAUGUGAGCUUGGAGACUCUGAGUGCUGUGUGGAGUAUUCUGUCCAAGUAUCUUUCCCAGCUUGGCGGGUUGGCUGUGGAUGCCGGAGAGGAUAUCCUCAACAACCAUCCGGAAUUGAAGAACAAGCUCGGUGGGUCCUUCGAUCAAUUGAAGCAGUUCGGCGACAGCCUGGGACCAGAAGCGAAGAAGCAGGUCGAGGAGACGUACAAGCAGAUUCAGGAUGUCAUCAACCAGGGCUUCUCGUUCGAUACGGUGGACAAGGUUCGCAAGAUUGCGCAGGAGAAGGUUGAGGAGCUAAAGAAGUUGAGAGAUCAGGCGUGGCAGCAGGGCUACGAGCAGAUCAAGCCGCAAUUGGAGAAGAGCCCUCAGGUGAAGAAGUUCAUCGAGGAAAACGCCGACACGCUAAAGAAUGGUAACAUCAUGGAAGCACUCGACAAGGUCCGCCAAGCAGUUUCUUCCGGUGAUAUGGGUAGUCUGGAGGAAUACGUGCAGAGGUAAGAUCGUCCUACUCACAAACGCCUGUCUCGUAUUCAGCUAACAUCUUGCGCAGCGCAGAGCAAAAGGCUGGCCAAUUCUCUUCUUCCAGCAUCAGCCAAUGGUUGAACGUCAUUCCUGGUGGUUCAGCUAUCCUUCCUCAGCUCCAGAAGCUCCGGGAGGUUGCUGAGUCGAAGGCCCCCGAGGCCGAGGAGUUGGCGAAGAACACGAUGGAAGAUAUCAAGGGUGUGCUGGAGAAGCGAAAGCCGCAGAUCGAGGAGCUUUAUGAGAAGAGCAAGAAGGACGUGAAGAACUGA